AUGUGGGCGAGUAGUCAAAAUAGCGCGAAAAUCGUUUUGCGCUGCGUCUGCGUCGGGGUGGGCGCACAGGUGAAUGUCAGUCAGUCUGCUUCGGGAGCUCCUGCCGACAGGGAUCCACUCACGCAACACGCCGCGAAAUUUCGGACUGGUAUGUGCGUAGUAAGGUUCAAAGGACAGGCCAUGGUUAGGGGUGGGAUGCUGGGGCAGUGA